UGUGGGGGAGAAACGCCGCUGGUUCAAUGAAGUGAUCUAUUCAACUCAGUGUUUCUCUCUCUUGCUCUCUUCAUUAAUUACAUACUGUCCUGACUUUUCAUCCUUUCUGUCUUUUGUUUUCUGUCUCUCUUACUUUUUAUUCCCCUCCUUCUUUCUCUGGCUGGCUGAGCUCUGACAAAGGGAUAGAAUCAAGAGUUUGGGAGAGGAGAGGGACAUUUGGGAGCGAGAUGGCGAGUGGGACGGUGGCGUUGUUCCUGUAUGGAUUCCUGCUCCUGUCUCUGUGGAAACCUACACUGCAAGGAGGUGUGUACAUACCUGCUGGUGUAGGUGAAGGAGCUGGGGCUGGAUUAGGAGCUGGAGCAGGAGUCAGAGCUGGAUUUGGUCCAGGUGGAGCUGGCACCGGUUUUGGGCCUGGUGGUGUAGGCACUGGAUAUGGGCCAGGUGGCGGAGCCGGAGUUGGACCAGGAGUUGGACCAGGAGGUGUAGGUGGAGCUGGCGCUGGUCCAGGUGGUGCAGGCUUUGGUCCUGGAGCCGCUGGAGGUUACACCAAGCCAGGGAAGACGGGAGCUGGCUAUGGUGGUCAGGUUGUAGGCCAAGGCCAAGGAGGACUGGGGACUGGAGGUCUGGGGGAAGGAAGAGUUAGACAAGAAGGAGCUGGGGCCGGACCAGGAGGUUAUGGACAUGGCGGUGGUUUAGGAGCUGGAGGCCUUGGAGCAGGAGCUGGCAAUGGAGGUUGGGGUCCUGGAGUACAGGGGGCUGGACUAGGAGCUGGAGGUCUGGGAGGAGGAGGUCUUAGACCAGGAGCCAGACCAGGAGGUUAUGGACCAGGUGGUUAUGGGCCUGGAGCUGGUCUUAGUCUGGGCGGAGCUGUAGCUGGAGGUCUUGGUGGUGGUUACGGACUUGGCGGGGGUCUAGGUGCCGGAGACCUUGGAGCAGGAGCUGGAGGAAAGCCAGAGAAGGCAGGAGCUGGCUACGGUGGUAGAGAUCCAGGAGGACAGGGGGCUGGACUGGGUGUUGGAGGUUUUGGACCAGGUAGCUAUGGACCAGGUGGAGCUGGUGCUGGACCAGGUGGCUAUGGGCUUGGUGUUGGUCUUGGUCCUGGAGGAGCUGGUCCUGGAGUUUUUGGUGGUGGUUAUGGACCCGAUGGAACAGGAGCUGGUUAUGUAGGUCGCAGUCCUGGGGGACAGGGAGCUGGAUUAGGAGCUGGAGGCUAUGGACCAGGUGGAGCUGGACCAGGAGGAUAUGGGCCUGGUUCUGGUGUUGGCCAGGGUAGAGCUGGUCCAGGUGGUUUUGGUGGUGGUCUUGGAGCUGGCGGACAAGGAGACGCCCUUGGAGCUGGGUAUGGAGGCCUCGGAGCUGGGGGACUGGGAUCCAGAGGUACAGGUCAGGGGGCUGGAGGACUUGGAGCAGGCCAAGGUCUUGGAGCCGGCCAAGGAGAUGGAUACAGACCUGGAGGAGGCUACGGUGGUGCUGCUGGUGGUCUGUACCCUGGAGCUGGAGGGGCGGGGGCAGGCCAGAAACCUCCCAAAACAGGAGCAGGAAGCACACUAGGAGGAGAUGGAUAUGGGCCUGGUGGUGCUGGUGGAUAUGGGCCUGGUGGCGCAGGUGGACAUGGGCCUGGUGGCGCAGGUGGACAUGGGCCUGGUGGCGUAGGUGGACAUGGGCCUGGUGGCGUAGGUGGACAUGGGCCUGGUGGCGCAGGAACUGGGCCUGGUGGCGCAGGAACUGGGCCUGGUGGCGCAGGAACGGGACCUAGUGGCACAGGUGGAUAUGGUCCUGGUGGCGCAGGAACUGGACCUAGUGGCGCAGGUGGAGUUGGCCUUGGUGGUUUUGGGCCUGGUGGCGCAGCAGUACCAGCUGGAGCACCAGUACUUCCACAGACUGGAGUCCCUGGGGGUGGAGCUAGAGAGAAGAGCGGUUGGAAGGCCAACAAACAAGUGCCAGGUGUUGGAGUACCUGGACUUUAUCAAGGUGGAAUAGUGCCUAGUCAAGGUUUCGGAGGGCGUGGGGUUCUACCAGGUGUUGCCACUGGAUCCGGACUUGCUCCCCAGACAGGGGCAGGUGUGCUGGGCCAGGGUGGAGUUGGAGCUGGCACUGGAGCUGGAGGUGGCCGAGGCAGUUUAAAUGGAGUGUUCCGUGGAUAUCCCCUCAUAUCACCUAAAUCUGGAGGGGCUGGAGGCAAAUCAGCUAAUUCCCGUGCCAAGCUUGCUGCUAAAUAUGCUGGAGCUGGAGGUGUACUUCGUCAAGGGGGCAUGUCGGGAGCAGGAGGAGUACCUAGCAGUGUACCUGGAGCAGGUGGGGUCCCUGGUAAUGGAGUUGGAGCUGGAGGUGUACUUCGUCAAGGGGGCAUGGCCGGAGCAGGAGGAGUAUCUAGCGGCGUACCUGGAGCAGAUGGGGUCCCUGGUUAUGGAGUUGGAGCUGGUGGUGUACCUGGUUACGGAGGUGGAGCAGGAGGCAUACCUGGAUUCGGAGGCGUACCUGGUUACGGGGGCGGAGCCGGACCAGGAGGCGUACCUGGGGCAGGGGGAGUCCCUGGCUCAGGUGGGUAUGGAUACCCAGGGGGUUACCCAGGUGGAGGGCGGUACCCAGGGGCUGGCCUAGGUGUAGGCGGUGCCUACCCCGGAGGAGCUGGAUCUAAGGCAGCCAAAUAUGGUCAGGGUGGAGCAGGCACUGGAGCUGGUGGUGGGCUCAGCCAGGGAGUGCCUGCAUCUGGGAUUGGAACCGGAAGACUGCCUGGUGGGGCUGGAGGGGAACCAGGAGGCGGUUACAGGCCUGGCGGUAGCUUCAGUCCUAGAGGUGGAGUUGGACCAGGUGGGGCCAGUUAUGGACCAGGUGGGGCUGGCUAUGGACCAGCUGGAGCUGGACCUGGUGGCUAUGGACCAGGUAGUGCUGGAAGUUAUGGAACAGGUGGAGGGGUUGGACCAGGUGGUGCCGGGGAAGGACAUGGUGGAGCUGGCUAUGGACCAGGUGGAGGAGUUGGUGGAGUGCCUGGUGGUGGACACAGACCCGGAGGUGGUUUACCUGGUAGUGGUGCUGGUUACGGACCUGGUGCUGGUGUUGGAGGAUAUGAUGCAAAUGCCAAAGCUCGUAAAUAUGGUAUGCUAAGUGGUGUCCUUGGGACCCCAGGAGGAGGACAGGCAGCCAGCCUGGGAGGAGUACCAGGAGGGGGAGCAGGGACUGGAGUAGGCCAGGGUGGAGUGCCUGGAUCUGGGCUUGGUGGUGGUGGAGGUGUCCCUGGUGGUUAUGGUCCUGGAGCUGGAUUUGGACCUGGCCGUGGAACCAGUGGUGGUUAUGGACCAGGAGUGGGUGCUGGGACUGGACUUGGCCAGGGAGCAGGGCCUGGAGCUGGGCUUGGUGCUGGUGGAGUGCCUGGUGGUGGAUACAGACCCGGAGGUGGUUUACCUGGUAGUGGUGCUGGUUACGGUCCUGGUGCUGGUGUUGGAGGAUAUCCUGCUGGGGCUAAGUCUCUGAAAUACGGUCCAGGAGGAGGUGGAGGAGCUCCGGGUGGAGGCCUUGGUGGGCGAUUCGGUGCCCCGGGAGGUCUGCCAGGAGGAGGCUACGGACCAGGGGCAGGAGGUGCCUUAGGAGCAGGAGAAGCAGGAGCAGGAGGAAGAGUGCCUGGGGGUGGAUACGGGACUGGAGCUGGGCCUGGUGCAGGGUAUGGAGCAGGAACAGGGCCUGGAGCUGGGUACGGUCAGGGAGCAGGAGGAGUCCUUGGAGGAGGCUAUGAAGCUAGGGCAAGAGCAGGAGGACUACCUGGGGCCGGAUAUGGACCUGGAAGAGGAUAUGGAGCCGGAUCAAAAGCUGCUAAAUAUGGACAAGUUGCUGGUGGGUCCGGUGGGGCCCUUGGAGGAGCUGGACAAGGAUUCGGAGGGGUACCAGGUGGCUAUGGACCAGGUGGCUAUGGAGCCAGACCAGGUGGCUUUGGAGCCGGACCAGGUGGCUUUGGAGCCGGACCAGGUGGCUUUGGACCCGGACCAGGUGGCUUUGGACCCGGACCAGGUGGCUUUGGACCCGGACCCGGUGGCUUUGGACCCGGGGGCGGAGCAGGAUCAGGAGGGGUGCCAGGCUAUGGUACUGGAUCUGGAUUUAAGGCAGACAAAUACGGACCAGGUGGGGCAGGAGGGGCCCUUGGUGCUGGGGCAGCUGGAGGUGCAGGGGCUGGGACCGGAGCUGGGACAGGUGCUGGAGGAGGUGCAGGACCUACACCUGGCCCUGGCACAAGAGCAGGAGGAAAUGGCACUGUGACAGGAGCAGGAGGAGACAGGACAGGCACAGGAGGAGCAGGCACAGGAGGUGAGCCUGGUGGUGCCGGUGGGGUUCUAGAAGGAUCUGGAAGUUCUGGUGGCCCAGGAGACGGCACUGGCGUCACAGCUGGUGCUGUUGGAGGAGGGGUGGGAGACACAGGGAUCCCUAGCAUUGGAGGAAAACCAGAUCAAUCGGGGCUCGGGGGGACAGCAAUCCCAGCUGGGGCUGGAGUUGAUGGGGUAGGAGUUCCCUCUGGAGAGGACUCAGGAGCUGGUGUUGAGCACCAGAGCCAGUCUGGUGCUGGUGCUGCUAACGGUGAUAUCAGUGGAGGGGGGACUCUACCUGGAGCUAAACCUCUGAAGGCUCCAAGAGGAGAUACACCUGGUGAAGGAGAGGGAGAUAUAGGAGGAGGAGCAAGAGGUGUUGGUGGAGGUCCUGAUGGUGCAGGAGGAGCAGGCAGUGGAUCUGGCGGAGUAGGAAGAGAUGGUGAUGGUAGAGGAGGAGGAGCAGGCAGUGGAUCUGGCGGUGUAGGAAGAGAUGGUGAUGGUAAAGGAGGAGGAGGACCGGGAGGAGCAGGGGGGAAAGACGGUGGUGCAGUUAGAGUGGGAGGAAGUCCUAACGGUACAGAGGGAGCUGGAGGUUCAGGAGGUGGAGGAGCAGCAGUAGAACCUGGAGGAGUUGGAGGAGGUGCAGGACCAGGCAGUAGUGACAAACCACCCAAAGGUUAUGGAGCAGGUGGGGCUGGCAGUCUGGGUGCAGGAGGUGCUGGAGGAGCAGCUCUGGUCCCUGGGACUGGUGGUGCUGGUGAUGUAGGAGCUGGAACCCUCAAACCAGGAAAAAGCUACGGAGCUGGUGGAGUCCUGCCAGGUGGAGGUCUACGUUACCCAACUGGGGCUAGAGAAGGAUUGGGCUCAGAGAAGCCGGGCAAAGGAUAUGGUGCUGGCCAAUUUGGAGCAGGAGGACGACGUCCUGGAGGAUAUGGUGCCGGACCAGGCGGAUACGGAGCCAGUCCUGGAGGGUAUGGCACUGGACCCGGUGGUUAUGGGGCCAGACCCGGUGGUUAUGGUGCUGGUCCAGGUGGUUAUGGGGCUGGAGCUGGUCCUGGUGGCUAUGGUGCUGGGCCAGGUGGAUAUGGUGCUAGGCAAGGUGGCUAUGGUGCUGGGCCAGGUGGCUACGGGACAGGGGCUGGGCCUGGAGGAUAUGGAUCCAAACCAUACAAGACUGGAGGUGCUGGAGCCGGUGGUGUUGGUGGAGGUCUGGGUGGAGCUGGCAGCCUGGGUGCCAUAGGAGCCGGACCAGGAGGAGUGGGUGGAGGUCAAGGAGGCGGUCUAGGUGGAGGUCAAGGUGGAGCUGGACCAGGUGGAUAUAUACCAGGUGGAGUUGGUAGCAGAUACCCCAUAGGUGCUGGAACUGGAACAGGAACUGGCACUGGAAAACCACCUAAAGGCUAUGGGAGAGCUGUUGGAGCUGGAGAUGGGCUUGGUGGUUAUGGUGGCGGAACAGUUGGUUAUGGACCAGGAGGAACCGGGGCCGGACUAGGUGGGGCUGGGGCCGGGCAAGGUGGAUAUGGUGCCGGACAUAAAGGUUAUGGACCAGUUGGAGCAGGGCCGGGAGGAGCUGGGGUCAGACCAGGUGGAGCAGAGGCCGGACCUGGUGGCUAUGGUGCAGGGCCUGGAGGUUAUGGGCCUGGGGCUGGUCUUGGUCCUGGAGGUUAUGGGGCUGAACCUGGUGGCUAUGGACCAGGUGGAGCAGGGCCGGGAGGAGCUGGGGUCAGACCAGGUGGAGCCAGACCAGGUGGAGCAGAGGCAGGACCUGGUGGCUAUGGUGCUGGGCCUGGAGGUUAUGGGCCUGGGGCUGGUCUUGGUCCUGGCGGAGCUGGUCCUGGAGGUUAUGGGGCUGGACCUGGUGGCUAUGGACCAGGUGGCGCUGGAUCUCAUAAAUAUGGUAUGCUAAGUGGUUCCCUUGGAGGGGGACAAGCAGCUGGCCAGGGAAGAGUGCCAGGAGGGGGAGCAAGGACUGGGCUAGGUCAGGGAGGAGUGCCUGGAAGGGGAGCAAGGACUGGGCUAGGUCAGGGAGGAGUGCCUGGAGGGGGAGCAGGUACCGGGCUAGGCCAUGGAGGAGUGCCUGGAUCUGGGCUUGGUGGCGGUAGUAGUUCGGGUGCUGGGUAUGGAUCUGGCAUUGGAACCCAUGGAGGUUAUGGACCAGGAGAUGGUGCUGGGACCGGACUUGGUCAGGGAAGAGCCGGGGCCGGACCAGGUGGCUAUGGACCACUUGGAGCUGGGGCUGGACAGGGAACUGGAGCUGGAGGGUAUGACGCAAAUGCAAAAGCUCGUAAAUAUGGUAUGCUAAGUGGUACCAUUGGAGGAGGACAAGCAGCUGGCCAGGGAAGUGUGCCAGGAGGGGGAGCAGGGACUGGAGUAGGCCAGGGUGGAGUGCCUGGAUCUGGGCUUGGUGGUGGUGGAGGUGUCCCCGGUGGUUAUGGUCCUGGAGCUGGAUUUGGACCUGGUGGUGGAACUGUUGGUGGUUAUGGACCAGGAGGGGGUGCUGGGACCGGACAGGGAGGAGUUGGGGCCGUACCAGAUGGCUAUGGGACUGGGCCUGGUGGUUAUGGACCAGGUGGAGCCGGACAGGGUGCAGUGAAGCCAAACAAAUCAGGUUAUGGCUCCUCCUCCUCGGGUGGAGCUCUCUUUGGACCAGGUGGUGGAGCUACUGGGAGAAGAGGAGGAGUACCAGGAGGCUACGGAGUAGGAGAAGCGGGACAGUCAGGGCAGAAAUCAAAGGCACAGAAGGCAGCCAAAUACACAACCAUGCAAGGCUUCCUGGGAGCACGCAGCUACAGAGGGGUCGCCGACUGUCAGGGUAUAUACUGCGGACGGAGGAGGAAGUGAGAGAGCAGCAAAAAGAAGUGACCUCAUCAACAACAUUGUGGUGCUACUGCAUGAUUCAAGAAUGUACUGAUUUUCAACUACUAAUAUGCCCCUUUUUUCUUUUAAAGUGUGAAUCUCGGGCAAUGGCAAAACCAGAGCCUGUUUGAUCUUUUAUUCUGAAACUGUGAUCAUGUGUUUAUUGUUCCUCACCUGUACCCCUUUAGCCCCUCCUGUGUGUACCCCAUUUACCCAUUUAGCUCCACCACGAAUCAUGUUUGUUUAAAAUACUGAUACUAAGGCGUCCCACAACGGAGUGCCUCUAGACCUGUCUGUAUGCUGACUAAACUGUCUGUUUUCUGAUUAAUGUGACUAACAUCCCUCUAUAAAGCUAUGCUAUUGACACACAGGCGCAGACUUACUCAACAUUUGCACCUGCACUUUUCAAUAUACCUAGUUUUUGUUCAAGUUGUUUAGUUGCAAACAUUUACAAUAUCUGGCCCAAGGCGUCUUGAGAUAUAUACACACACUGCUGCCAUAAAUUAAAAUCAUAGGAGUUAUCUUUAGAGUGGUAAUCUUACAACCACCAUUUUUGAUUUAGAACUGUGUCCACUCUGAACCCUCAAAAGCAGUGUGUGUCCACAGCAACGCUCAUGUUCUAACUCUGAUUCUAGUUUCAGCAGUUCUCAAAAAAAAGGAGCUUAUUGCCCUUAGAGUCAUUAGUAAAGGUUUUAAGAUCUUAUAUGCAGUCGUGUAUAAUGCCUUUACAGAAUAUAUAAGGUUUAACUAAGCCACUUGCCUGAAAUAUUAUCAACAUCUUUCUGAAUGGCUGCAUAACACUGAAUUGCUGUGAAUGUUUUGAAUACUUAAUCACACCGAUAUGACUGUGUUAGUACAGCCAUAGUUGUGAUGACUGAAAAUGCAAACGUAUAUUUUCUUUGUUUAAAAUCCUCAUCUUGGCUUUACUGAGAGCAACAGUACCUACAUGACAUUUGCAGUUGAUUAAAACUAAUAUUAUAAUCAUGCUCAUCUCCACAGAUUGGCCUGUUUUCAGACCUAUCACCGUAAAACAUAAUUCUGUUAACUCAAAUUAUUUGGAAAACUGAUUGCCUUGACUUAUUAAAUUAAAGCAACACAUUUUUUGUAAGUUACCAGUACUUAGUUCAUUUAGUUUUAGUGACUUGAUUAUGUUACACAGUGAACUGUAGAGAGCGUAUAACUGCAGACUGUUGACAAAAGCCCAACGUUUUUACGUGCGUUAAUUCACCCAGGAAAUAGAAUGCAUGGGAGAGAAUGAGACACAACAGAUGGGCCUCAACGGUGUCAUUACACAUCAGUUUAGAAAGCAAGUCUAUUUCUCUCCACAUCUACUAUAAGCAAUGCUGGUAAAAUUAGCAAAUAAAUUGCCAGAAAAUAGACUGUUUGCAUCGUUAUGUCUAAAUGUAUAGUUAAAAAGUGUCUAUUCAGUGUUGAUCAGUUUAACUGCCAAUACAUAUUUGAAAACAAAUGCAUAGAAUUUCGAUCACAGGCAUAUAGCCUAGGCCAGGGGUCUCCAAACUUUUCUAGCCUGAGUUACUUUAAGAAAAAUGUAACAUGUCGCUUCUCCUCUCCCAUUCAACUCUUCCUCAGGUCCUUAGUGUAUAAGAGAAAGUAGUGCACUGUUUUCUGUCAAUAUACCUGGUAAAAUAAGGAUUAAUAAACAACAAGGGGAGACCUAUAAAGUCAGAUUUGUUUUCUCCAAAAUUAUGUUUUCAAUUUCCCAAAAUACGUUUUCUCUGUUUUAUAUUUUCUGGUUUAAGAUGUUGAUUUUACUCUCAAAAUUACAAUUGUUCAUAGAGAAGUUUGUUCUGAGGACAUGUCAAUGGUUAAAUCACAUCAGGAUACCUUUUUGGGGGGAAACAAAUAGAUAUCCCCUUUAUUGUGCAUCUAGCGAGUAAGGACUGUGCCGUCUAAUGUGGCAGUCUGGCAAUGGUUCUGUGCUGCUGCUGCUCAUUUAAUGGCAAAGUUAGUAAAUAACAAAUAGAUACAAAUUAUAUAUUUACUUAUGAUAAACUUCUGCCUGGUAAGCCUACUGUCAGCCCACAAGGCGGUUAUCGCAUCACCUGGCUACACACGGAGUGAUUGACAAACGUGCCACACCAUAUACAGUAGACAGACGGGCAAUACUACCGGAAAUUAAUUGGCAGAUAUUGUGAAGGUUUAAUUCUUUAUGCCAAUAGUGGCUAACAAGGGGUGGGAUGUCAAUGUUGAGUUGUUUAGAUAGGUGGUAGCUUGCAGUGUCGGAUAAUUGGGAGAUUUGUUUAUGACAGUUUGCGAUGGAACAGAUUAAAAAUUGCAUAUGCUUUCAGAAUUGUUUGGUGAGCUACUCAUAGGUGAGCUGCGAGCUACUGGUAGCUCAUGAUUGACCUGCUGGAGACCCCAGGCCUUGGAAGACUACGGCUGGGAAACUCGAAGAACUACGAUUUCAAGAGAGAAUACUAUUAUGUAGGAAGAACGAACUAGCUAAAUUCCUUAUAGACUGCUCGGGUUUAUUAGCUACAACUCUCAUGUUCAUGAAUAACAUUUUUUUAGCCUGUGCAGGCAGGUACGGUGGCUCCCAUAGGACAUCUAAGAUGAGUCAAAAGGAACACACAAAAAUAGUUCCCAGGUGCUAUAUAGUGAACAUAACAAUUACAACUGUUUAUUAUGGAUUAUCAUGACGAUUACGUUGGCAUACGCUACGCAGUAUAUGUGAAUUGACGCUGGCCUCUCGCAAGCAAAUUUCACACCGUUGACAGGCAUCUCCGGGUGUAAUUUCGGUUUAACACCGAUGCAGUUCAAGUCUUUUCACUCUGAACUUAAACUAUUUGUUUACUUUAGCUUUUUAAAUUAUGAAGGAAAAAAAUGCUAAAACAUUUUCAACAAUGUCUACUCUUCUGAUUUAAAAAAAAAUAAGUGCUUUAUUUUUUUACAUUGUCUUUGAAUGCUCUCUAAUGCUAGUGUUACCUGAGGUGUCAUGUUACAUGUUUAAUGAAACUUUGUAAUCUUGAGUUAUCAUCUAUGGGCUCUAGUGUUUAUAUCAUUAAGCCCAGACAGACAAAGAACAUCUGUGUUUUACCUUAGAAGAGAAUGAUGCACUUUUUUUUUAUACACAGUACACAGUUUUUAAAUAAAGAAA